GCCGUCGCUGUUCGUGGGUGAAAGUCCACACCGCUCCGCUCCGCUCGGCUUCGAUUUUAUUUGCCGCAUUUCGUAGAUACUUGAAGCGGAAAUCGCUCCUAUCGGAGAUGCAAUUGUAUCCCGUGGAUGACUGUGCCCGCCGCCAUCAAGUGUCACUUGAACGUUGUCAAAAUUGAAUUUACCGAGCGUUAGUAGUGAACAAAGGUCCUCCAAAUGGCCAUAACGAGUUUUGUUUCGGCCUUUGUCUGGUUUCGAUUUUCGAACGAAACUCAAGUGUCCUGCAGUGUGUUUUCCGGAAUCGACCAAAAGGUUUUGUAGAGAUACUUAAGUGCUAAGUGAACUCAUCAAAAUCAACGUAUAGUGAACUAUAUAUCAUCGGUCUGUUGAAAAUGCCUGGCAGGUAGACUUCUUCUACAUUUUCCUUUGCCGAAGGACCGAACGUCACAGCGAAUUUUCCUUCUGGCGAUGAGAGCUAAACAAAUGACACUCCUUUUUUGAGGGAUAGGGAUCGGAGACAUCAUCUUCCAUCUUCCAUCAGCAAUCGCAAUCGCAAGAGCAGAAUGUGUGCCAGCGACGUGGAACCUUUGGCUUCCUUCCACUGAGUGGCAGAAGGAGAUUCCUUAGACAGUCACCUCUGAUUGAAUCGAGAAUGGUGACAGUGGCGACGAAAACGAAAAGAAAAGCGAAGGAAAUGCGGAAAAACUCAAAGGAAAUGGCGGCGAAUCGGAGGCGAAAGAAGACAAUCGGCAUACUGACAUCGGGACUAAAAUCAGUAGUCAAGUGGAAAAUUAUUAUAUCAUCUAUAAUGUUGCUCUUAUUAAGUGGGACAAGUCACGUGCUGGCGGUGCGAAAGGGUCGCCUGAUGUCCCCCAGCACAUUCACCGCCCUCAGCGGGGACCUGCAUGUGCAGAUCCAGUUCAAUGGCAACGAGAUGUCCUCCCAGGAGCAGCAGAAUCGGCAGGAGAAGCUGGAGAAGAAGGAACCACCCAGCAGCGAGCACUUGAGCACUGACUGCCACAACUUGAGUUGCAGGAACAACACCAUAAUGAGCACUUUAGUCAUUAGCAAAAUCAUUGAUGAGCUCGAAGCGCCGCAGGAAAAGGAUUUAUCCCUCAUAACCACCCAGGAAACGAAUGCAACCGGUCAGGUGUUGCUGCAACGUCGUCGCAAGGAGGUCGUCCAGAACAUUCCCCUCUUCCCGGAUCCCCGAUUCAAUGUCACCCAGGUGACGGUUCCCUGCCAGACUUUCCUCAUCGGCGGUCGCUACGAGAUGCAGGUGGUUAGCAAUCUGAAAUCGGUGAACAAGAGCGAGGUGACCACCACUUUGGUGCCGGCACAGGAUGAGCGAUUGCUCCAGACCCUCGAUGUCCGGUGGCCCAGUGCCGAGAUGAUCGUGAGUCCAGUGCGACUGAGAACCUAUCCCAAGAAUCCCGUGGAGGUAACGCUGCGAUUUCCCGAAGUGAACUGCAAUCAGACGGGAAGCCUGCCACUGCCGGAAUUCUGGCUGGAACUGAUUUACUGCGGCAAGGAGCGCAGUUGCAGCCGGAACAUAACCCGUUCGAGUGUCCUUUUUGCGGAGCAAAUAAGGGGAUUCCCGAAGAACAAAACGCUUCGCCUGGGCUGCGAACUAUUCGGACUGGCGGGCAACUAUGCCGUGCAGUUGCGACCGAUGAUUCCCGCCCAGAAUGUCCCGACCACCCGGCGGCUGCUCAGCGUGGACUGGAGCGAUGAGUUCGUGUUCAAUGUGUACGCCCGCAGCAUUUUCCCCUGCGAUCCGCACACGGGCAUCGGUGUCCUGUACGAGUAUCCUGGCUGCAUCCUGGAGCAGGGCGACCGGGUGCGUCUGUAUGCCAAGCUGCGCGCCGAUGUCGCCUCGCUGAAGCCACCGACUUCGCUGCACUACGUCGCCGAGCAGCGGGUCGUGAAGAGCCAGCACUCACUGUACUUCGCCUGCGACCUCUUCUACGAGAAGUACGUCGAAUACUGCUUCGUGUACGUCAGCCAGGCAAUUUCCGGGGCCGUCGCCGAUGUCCGGAUGGACUGUGUGCCCACGUUGCCCGUCAGCGAUUCGGAUACCGGAGGCUGGGGACCUUGGAGCGAAUGGACGCCGUGUUCUACGAAUUGUCUGGGAGGAACCCGCAAUCGCUACCGAUUCUGCGAUUCACCACCCCCGCGAUAUGGCGCCAAGUUCUGUGAGGGACCCUCAGUGGAAACCCAAAAGUGUGGCAAGAGCAUCGCCGAUACUUGGGACUGCAUCUACGAGACUUCCGGUACAGUGGUAACCAAAGAAAACGGCACGGAGGUCAGCCAGGAAAUCGGACCAGGAUGUCGUUGCGGCUGUAUUGUGCACUUGGGAUCCUCGAAACCCAAACGAAUCAUUGCGGGGGCCACACAAAGUUGCCCUGGCCGUUCAUUUUGGUUAAUACAGGUGGAUGGCGAGGAAAGCAUUUCGCUGGCACUGAGUUUCCUUCGACUGCCGUGUGCCUCGCAGUACAUAAAAGUUCGCGAUGGUCCCUCGCUGUCCUCCACUCUGCUGGUGGAACUCAAUGGCGGGGGUCUGAUCCUCAAGGGAGUUGGCGUUCCGGUGUCCGUCGAAUCGAGUGGUGGCCCACUCCUGGUGGAAUUCUUCGCCGGCGAAGGACAUGCAACCAAUGCAACUGCCUCUGAUCAGCAGGGAAAUGCCGCCUGCACCGGUGGCUUUAUGGCCAAUGUGCAGCAGCUAUUGGCAAUAAGAAACCAAAACAGCAGCACCACACUGGUGGCCGCCACUCGUUUGUCCGGAAAAACUCGCUCCAUUUCCCAUAAAACUAUGUCGCGUCUUCGCUUUACUUUGGUUCAUCUGAGUGCCAUGAUUUUCGCCAGCAUAAUUAUCAUAAUUAGCGCUCUUUUAGGAGCUCAAUAUGUGGUGCGAUAUCGCAAAUACCAUCUGGCUGUCAGUCGACGACAGGACGAAGGCUCCCGACUUCACACUCCGAGGGCUUCGCUGAGUUCCCUGCAAGGACCUCCUUCACGAGCCAUGUCCACCACUACUCUACUUUCGGAGGUCAUCUAUAUGGUCAAAAUGCGACCUAAGCAUCAUCUUCGUCACUCAAUUCUUCGCGAGAGCGUGGAUGCCGAAAAUCUGACCAGCGAAACUGAGUUCAAGGAGUCGGAAUUGCCAGGAAUGUUGGCCAAGUGCUCCGAAGUUCAGGAGUUGGGGAGCUCAGCCUCCAUGCUCACUCUGCGCAACGAAAGAUCCUCUCCAGCGAGAUCUUUGGAAACCGGCAGCGUCAUAGGAUCCCCUUCCUCGGCUGAAGCGGAGUUGGCUGCAGUUCACAGCAGGACAGAUGGCUCCAAGGACUCACCCACCGAUGACCCCAUGGAGCCGCCGAGCUGCAAGGACAGUGCCAGGGACUCAGAGUCCAUCAUCUCCUCGGGAAUGAGCUCCCUGUGCAACAGUCCGCCGAUGAACAGCAAGCGGCUGAGCAAGUACUCCGAUCGCUACGAUGCGGUGACCCUGAAGUUGCUGUCCUCCAGAUUGGACGAGAGCCUCCAGGAUGCCAGCUCUCUGCACUCCGUGACCGAAUCCUUCCGACUGGGACGCCUGGGAUCCCGCAGUGUCAGCUCCUCCCUGACCAAUGGCUGCUAUUCCCCAGCCGCCAGCGUGGUGAGCACGGCAACAAUAAGGACGACCAGCAAUCCCAAGGAGUCCAAGGAGAAACAAAAUCGCAGGAAGCUGCUGGCUCGACCGGGAUCGGAGUUUUCCCUGGGCAAUCAGGAGGAACUGGAGCUGGACUACUACGAUUACAAUGUGAUCAACGCUGGAUCCGCACCAGGAUCCUACCUGGGCAUGGAUCCGGCAUACCUGGUAUGGAUUCCGCCCUUCGAAGAGGUGGCCGAACGGGAGGAGGAUGACAAGACUCCAGAACCCGAACCGGAUCCCGAAAGAGAGGAACGCGAACCCUUGUACGAGGAGAUAAAGAUGCCCAGAUAUGGACACUAUCUGAGUCCAGCCAGCAACACGGAGUCCAGUAAGUCCACCACAGCUGAUAAUACUCCCAGUUCCGAGGAGCGCUCUCCUCCGGACAGUGGACGUCCCUCCAAGGCAACUUCACCCUGCGAAGGAGCGGAAAAAGGUGGAAAAUCACUGCCGAAACAACCGACUCCUUUUAUGUCCAGGAAACAGAGACGCCAGUCCAAGCAGCAAAUGCAAUCUAAUUUAUCGUUGAGCGCCGGUUCACUGAAUCAAGAACAGCGUUCUAGUAAGAACACCAAGCCACUAAUUGAAAUUGCUGCAGUGCAUCAGAAACUGGAAACGGAACUCGAACCAAACGAAUCCAUGAACGGCUCUUAUAUCGAAAAGGAAACUGCCGUGGAGAAAUCAUCGGGGGAUCUGCAGGAGUUUCUUUCCCUCGACGACAUCCAGUUCGCCGAUGAAAGUGGCAGCGAUUACGAGGCUGUAAAUCUCAAGAAAGUCGCCCAAACGGAUCUCAAACUAAAUCAGGAUGAUGUUCGAUCCAAACUUUUGCGCAGAAAAGAGUCAAAGUCAAAAGAGGUUGCAGUGUAAUUCCACAAAAUGAAUAUUGUAAAUAAAAUCAGCACAAGGGCAGCUUAAGUUAAGUUUAGUUUAUGAUCUUGUAAAAUACGGGUAAUUAUAAUAUAUACAUAUGAAUGUCAGCACCAUGAGAAACGUAGACCACCUGGAGUAAUUGUGUUUUUAAAGCUUAGCCUUAAGCUAAUCUCAAUAAUAUGUAUACUUGAAAACCGAAAAGAAUGUAGAGCAAGCUCGUAUCUAGACUCAAAGCUCUUAUAAGGCUAAUCUGUUUAAUCUCUCGUUACAAUGUAUAUAUCUUAGCUAAGGUUCACUUAAGUAUUUAUUCAAAAGAAAAAAACUAUUGAUUUUGCAAACAACAUUUAUUUGGCAUUAACUUUGAAUUAGACAAUUGGAAUUACCAAAUUUUGUGAUCUUUAUUUUGUGCUUCGAAGCAUUGGAAAUUCUAGUCAAUAUGGUAGUCAAAAUUAAUUAGCAUUUUAAAAUCAAAAAAUGUUUUUUGUUUUAACCAGAAAAUAAGCCUUUGCAGCACCCUGACCUGUAAGUUAAGAAACGAAAUAAAAUACUUGUAUAGAUAAUAAAA